UUUCGUAUCUAUGGAGCCGUAGCAACAACAAAAGUCUAGUUCGGAGCGAAAAUUCACCGAGUGCAGAUGCCGUAACCUAGAAAAUUCUUCGUAUAACCGAAUCGUUAAAAUUUUCAAGUUCAACUUCCUUUUAAUUAAUAUAAAAAAAUAUCGUACAACAUCACAAAAAUGCCUUGCGACGGAAAGAACAAGUCCUGCCAGCAGAGGCGCGAACUCUUGCACCAGCUCAAGUGCCUCAUCAGUACGAUGGAACGAAAAAAACCGUGCGAAUGGGACGAGGAGCCGUGUCCACCGGAGCCGUCAAAGUGUCGGGUGGUGGCCUGCUACAAGCCAUCCCCGUGUCAGCCCCUGGUCUACAAGUCACCCUGCGACCCCUGCAGCCCUCCGAUGAUGAUCUGCAAGCCGGACUGUCCCCCGUGCGAGCCUAUCUGCGAGCCUCUCUGCAUGCCGCCCUGCAAGCCGAUCUGCCAACCGGCCUGUAAACAACUGCUUUGCACGCCAUCGGUGCCCUGCAGACCAGCUUGUCCACCAGCUUGCCGACCGGUGUGUCCGCCGCCUCCUUGCCAAGUGGUCUGUCCCGUUCCCUGCCGACCGGGAUGUCCGCCUUCGCCCUGCCAGGUCAUCUGUCCCGUGCCAUGUCCACCGAAGUGCUCACCUCCGUGCCAAAUGACGUGCCCCAUGCCAUGCCCUCCGAAGUGCCCACCGUCGUGUCCACCUACGUGUCAGGUUAUGUGCCCGGUACCGUGUCCACCAAGGUGCCCACCUCCGUGUCCGCCAAGGUGCCCAGCUCCGUGCCAGCUGACGUGCCCCAUGCCAUGUCCUCCGAAGUGCCCACCGCCGUGUCCACCAACGUGUCAGGUUAUGUGCCCCGUACCGUGUCCGGCAAGGUGCCCACCUCCGUGUCCACCUCCAUGUCCACCAAAGUGCCAGGUCAUGUGUCCUGUGCCGUGUCCACCGAGGUGUCCGCCUCCGAAGUGCGCACCGAGGCUGUGCUACACUUCCUGCUCACCGCCCGAGCCGAAAAUGAUCUGCGCACCUCUGAAGCGGUGUAAAAGCUUUGAGCUGCGGAGCAGUCUGAUGCAAAAGUGCCACUGCAUCAAGAGGAACGGCUUGCAGGACAGAUGCCUCAUGAUGGACUGCAUGGGCUACCCCGAGUGCAUGACCAAGUUGUUCCCCAUUUGCGAUCCCGGGCAGUGCGCCUUGUUGAAACUUUGUUACUUGGGCGGUUCGUAGAAAACUUUUAAGGACGUAAAUACCGUCAACCCUAACCUGUCGUUAACACUCAUCGCUGUUCAAACGUUUUCCCUUUUGAAUUCUACACGAGUCCAUGUUCCUUGUUAUUACAGCCUAUGCAUAAAUGUAUCAUAUCGCCGUCUUGAAUGUACAAUAGUUGGCUGCAAAAGCGCAAAUAAAAUAGCAAAAGUCCCGUAAUACCCAACCAAAA